CAAAUGAGAAGUUCUUGAACGCUAUCGUGAUUUUUACCUACUAGUCCUCAGAGAGCGAAGUAACGGGCAGCACUGCUCUGAGAGGCAAGGAAUACUACGAUCGCUGAUUUGCAGUUGCACGAAGACCAAGAGGGAGCAAUGAUUUUUGGCACCGAGUUGUAUUGGACGUUUGCAUAACACGAUCUCUGAACUUUUUGGUUUCGCAGCAGGCGAAAGCAAUAAACACUGAAAAGUAUAAGGUUACUUUCGGCACGACGUCGCCGGCGUCGCAAAAAUGACGGCGCAGCUUCUCCCGGACGUCACGUAAGCGGCGAAGUUCACCUCUCAGCAGGGCGAGUCCCAACGACCACGUCCGGCUGCCGCACUUCUAAGACCGCAUUUCUCCGCAAAGAUGCGGCCGCUUCGGUUCGCCCUUGCCGCCACGAUUUGUGUGUGCGGUAGCAGUUUCUUCGGCCUUGCGGCACGACAUGAAGAAGUAGAUCUAGCGGCGGCGCGGAAGACGGAACUGUUACAGCGGAUUGAUGCGACACAAAAGAAGAAGAAGAAGAAGAUUUCAGCGCAGCAGGCACAAAGCGGCGUCUUCCCGUUGAAAGGAGCAACUUCGUUCUACUUAAACGGGAAAAAUAACAAGAAGUUUUUGGUGAACAAAAGUUUUCUGCAAAAAGAAGGAACAGCUACAGCAAGUGGUGAACAACAGUCCGGAAGGGUAACAUCCUCAACUAAGGAGGAUCUGCAACACAGCCUCGUCUCCAAAGCCUUCCUCGACGCCAUAGGAACUGGUGCCGAUGAUGAUGAGGAUACAUUAUUGGUCGUUCCCUCAUCUUCCACCACUUCUACUCUGGGGCAGAUCGAGGGAACAAGUCCGGCUAGUAGAGCCGCGGGCAGUGCCAGCUUUUCCCCUAGUAUGGAUUGCAAAAGUGUCUGGGUCUGGAAGAUUUCCAGGUUUGUCAUGCAUAUUUCGCAUGGGCUAUGAGGCCUGUAAUGCAUGACCUAGCAUGACAGAUUUUUUGCGGGUAUCUUGAUGCCCAUCCCGCAUGACAAAUGCCCUCUCCCCGGAGCAAAAACUGAACGCCUCCUGCCUCUCAUGCAAUACAGAUUUUUUUAGAUUCCAAAAAUAGCAUCACAACUUGCAUUCUUCCAGACCCAGACAUUUUUGCAAUCCAUACCUAGUGAUACGGCGUGCGUCUCCACGGUGAAGAAAGAAGGAACGUUAUUGCGAGGAAAAAUCCCCUCUCCCCAUACUGAAAAGGCAUGCUGCUAAAAAUUUGUGAUGCUGAUUUGUGACCACAAAUCCUGUCUCCCUUGCAAGGGGGCAAAUGCAAAGAGUCCGCCACUUUAUUCCGGCGAUUUGUAAUGCUGUUACGCUUACAUCGAAGGCCUCUGCUAUGCUAAGUACCUACACAGAAACGGCCCUACGCAGCCUGCGGCUUUGCCCGCAGUGCCUCGUUGCAAGACAGAGCUGAUUUUUGUACACAAAUCCAGCAACAGAAGUUUACGUUUCAAUAUGGGGAGGCGGGAUUUUUCAUUUUGAUGGACUUGUCGGUUGCGAUUUUCAACACCUUUUUCGACAGCUAAAGGGAACAAUGGAGCUACAUCAACGUCUUCCACCUCCUCCUGCCUCGACCAGAUGCGGGAUUCCGAAGUUGGCUUCACCUGUUAUGGCAUGCUCAGAUGCUACAAUCCCAAACGUUAAAAAAGAAUCUGGAAUUUUUGUUGCAUGAUGAGCAUGACAGACUCGCACAGCAUUCCACCUUUUGCAAUACAAAUUUCGCCAGAUUCUACUGCGGAUUCGGGCUCGAGAACUUGUCAUGCGCAAUCCUGUGGGAGUAGGCUAGGUCAUGCACUCUUGCAUCACAGAUUUCCAUAUUCUAUUGUAACAUUUGAGAUUGUAACACCUGAGCGGUUUAUACCUGUAUUCACCCGAACGGGGAGGCUAAAAAAAUCACCUACGGGAAAAACAGCUACAAGCAGUUUUUCACGCAGUUUGUUUCAUCAUCUUCAAGAACUACAGCUCAAGAACCGCACGAGCAGGACAACUACACAUCGAAAUUGUCGGAAGUACUAAACGAUGAAUUUGACACGGGGAACGCGGAUUGUGCGAUUUGCGCUCCAUUGGAGGAUGACGCGAAAUUAUCCCACGAAAAAACUGUUUCACUGUGAUGGUUUUGCAAGAUCCGCAUCACAAGUUUGCUACACAUGACACACAAAAUUAGCUAUGCGCGCUUUCCAAGGGAAAAAACGCUAUAAAAAUCCGAUGCCUUGCAGGUGUAGCAAGACAAAUAGUUCUGUGUUCCAUUCUAUGCAUCACAAGUUCACAGUGAAACAGUUUUUUCUUCCGAUAGAAGUAUAGCAGGUCGGAAACGACAGCAAGAACCCCUUCCCUUUCAACAUCUCCAGACGAUGAUGCUGCGAAGAAGCCCGCAACUGCGCAUCUGUCGCUGUUGCAGCAUGACAAAAAAUCCUCCUCUUCUUCUCAACAUCUUUCCAGAACAUCAUCAAACUCUUUGCAGCGGCAGUUUGUGUUGCAGCAGGAGGUGGAGAUUUUGCGGAAAAGAGUGAAGGACUUCUCGACUCUGUUUUCAAAGCAACUGAAGCCUGUCUUGCAGAGCGGCAUUAUGGGGUUUAAAACCGUGACCGAAGAGAAGGAGGAAGAAGACUGGGGAGUGGAUAUGUCUUGAUGAUAAUCUACCUACUUCGAUACUAGGAGGUAUUUAUACAAGGCGAGAAUGUUUUAUUUUCCAAAGAGCUUUUUUACCGGGUCGGAGGCGUACUAGCUUCUUCAUAAAUUAUGUUGUCAUCGCUAAGUGAUUGACGAUGAUCAUCUUUUUUCCGCCAGACCGUGCUCUGUGGCUGUGCACUACUUCUUUUGGAUCAGGAGAAAGCACCACUACGAGCUGGAAC